UGAUCUGAGAAUAAGGAAGUCCGGAGAGCGAUUGCGGAGCAGAGGACAAUGUCUAUGCCGCGUAAAAGAUUAGGCGUAGUCGUUAAACAACAAGUUAAACCACAACGAUAAUGCGAACUCUAUUACUUUAUUCUCGUGUUGGAUUUGAUAAUAACUCUUAACUUGCGUAAGUUUCCGUUGAUUACCCCGGAACACCUGAAUUAUUUACUUCAAGGGGCGAGGGAUGGAUGUUCACCUUACAGAAGAUGAAAUGGCAGACAUUAAAAAAGACGUGCUGAACAAACUGCGGCCCUACCUGGUCACCAAGAUCAGAGCCGAGCGCCACUUCGACUACCUGCGCUCCCGCCGCAUCAUGACGCGGGACGACGCGGAGGAGAUGACCUCCCAGCCCACGCAGUCCAGGCGCGCCAGCACCCUGCUGGACCUCCUGAGCGACAACCCCCACGGGCUGGACGUGCUGAUCGAGUCCAUCCAGCUGUCCCGCUGCCAGAACUUCAUCAUCGCCAAGAUCACGGACGAGGUCCAGAAGGCCAAGAACGAGAAGAUCGAGGCGCUGAAAGCCGCCAGCACUCCUCCGACCGCCAACCCCCUGAGCGUCCAGCGAGCCGCCCCUGGCGGCGGCAACGACCUCUCCAAGACGUUCUCCGAGGACUCCACCAUGCUCUACCACCCGGAUGGCGAGGGGAGCCCCGGCGCCUCGCUCCUCCCGGGGUCCCUCGAACUCAAGUCUCAGAAAGACGGCGGCGGCGGCGGCGGCGGCGGCGGGGCCUCGGGGACAGGAUGGGACAUGCCGGCGUCCUCCUCCAUGUCCUCGGCGCCCUCCACCCUCCCCAGGCCCGGGGACCCAGGGGCGCCCGCCCUGCCGGAGGAGAUGCUGGCGGAGGAGUCGUUGUCCCCGACCAUGGACCUCGACACGCUCCAGUGCAGCGGCGGCGCCGACCUGAACUUUCAGCCCCUCAGGUCGCGCUCCACCACCAGCCCCAUGUAUGCUGCCAUGCCAGCCAAACAGCAAAACCCAAAACUGUUCCUGUCGUAACGCCCCCUCCCCCCCCCCCCCCCCCCACACACACUUCAGUGUCACACAUGUGUUGGAAUGCACCACAAUGCAAGUCGGGAGAUGACCGUGUAGAUUGCGUUGUAUCUGUCUUCUCUUCUUUUAAACGUAAUGUCCGACAGGUUGUGACCUAUUUUAUAUGGAAUGUUUAAUGUUGUGCCUUUUUUAAAUAAGGAUGUACAUAACACAUUGUGCCUUGUUCAGCUGAGCGUAAUGCAGACAUUGUCUCAUAAGCUGCAAACAUGUUUUGAAUUUUUUCACUACAAAAAAUGUCAUUGCAAAAGUUUUAUUUCAUUAUCAAUGCUACAAUUGUUUAUGAUCUCAUUAUUUUAUACUACAAUAAACUCAGGAAACAAU